AUGUCCGACAACGCCGACAAGGAGACGACCCCCCAGGUCGAGAUACCUGAAAAGGUCGAGAUCACGCCCGCAAGGGUUGUUGUCACUGAGAAGGCGCCCAUCCCUCAGAACGACAAUGUCGCCCACGCCCUCGCCGGCGCUGGUGGUGGUCUUUUGUCCAUGAUCCUGACGUACCCACUCAUCACCCUCUCCACGCGCGCCCAGGUCGAAUCCAAGAAGGCCGAGAGCAAGUUCAGCGAGGCUGUUGGCAACAUCAUCGCCCGUGAGGGUAUCUCGGGCCUCUACUCCGGUAUUAACUCGGCCCUCUUCGGCAUCAGCAUCACCAACUUUGUCUACUACUACUGGUAUGAAUGGACCCGCACCUUCUUUGAGAAGGCGGCUGCCAAGGCCGGCCGCGCCGGCGCGAAGCUUACCACGGUCGAGUCCAUGAUCGCCGGAGCCAUCGCCGGGUCGGCCACCGUCAUCAUCACCAACCCCAUCUGGGUUGUCAACACCCGCGUCACCACCCGCCAGCAGGAGAAGAAGAAGGACGACGUCGAGGCCGGUGCCGAGGCCAAGCCUUCCAAGCCCCCCAGCACCAUCGGUACUCUGCUGCAGCUCCUCAAGAACGAGGGCCCCCAGGCACUCUUUGCCGGUGUCAUUCCGGCCCUGGUCCUCGUCAUCAACCCCAUUCUUCAGUACACUCUCUUUGAGCAGCUGAAGAACACGGUGGAGAAGCGCCGCAAGGUUACCCCUACUAUCGCCUUCUUCCUUGGUGCUCUAGGCAAGCUGUUUGCGACCACCAUCACCUACCCUUACAUCACUGUCAAGAGUCAGAUGCACGUUCAGAGCGAGGGCAAGAAGGAGGGCUCUUUUGCCGCUCUCCGUCGCAUUGUGAGCGAGAGUGGUUACUCUGGUCUCUACAGAGGCAUUGGCCCCAAGGUCACCCAGAGCGUGCUGACUGCUGCCCUGCUCUUCGCCUUCAAGGAUGUGCUAUAUGAGCAGACCGUCCGACUUCGCAUGGCUGGGGCUCGACGACGUGUUGCGGCUUAA